UCGUCCGGCGUAGAGCCAAUCGCCCGGUAGUCACCGGCUCCGGCAUUUGCUCCUUCUGAAUAGAGCGUCUGUUGGCAUACGCACGGUUACGUCAUCGCUCCGGAACCCUGGCAGCCAAAGCAAGUCACAUGGCCAAGCUUUGGUUCAUCAGGGCUGGCGACGGCAGAUUCUCUGAGCGGCAGAGUUCUAUGGCUGAGAGUAGUCCCCGGGCUCCGGUCGUAGGGGCUCAACUGGAAGCUUCCAGUGGUCUGGAAAAAUGCCGGAAGAGCUCUGCAGAUGCUGGGAGGCAGCCCUUCUCUGGAAAGUCCUUUUAUCUAGAUCUGCCUGCCGGCAAGAGUCUCCAGUUUUUGACGGGGGCCAUCCAGCAGCUGGGUGGGGUAAUUGAGGGUUUUCUGAGCAAAGAAGUAAGUUACAUCGUGUCCAGCCGCAGGGAAGUGAAGGCAGAGAGCAGCGGGACGGGCCACAGAGGCUGCCCCAGCCCCAGCAAGGUCAAGGUGCAGACACGAUCUACAGCCCAUCCAAAGUGCAGCCACCCCGGGCCUCCACAGAAACCCACAGACUCGGUGCCUUUGAGCAGAGGGAAGGAGCUACUGCAGAAGGCCAUCAGAAACCAUCAGGGGAGCGGCGGCGGCGGAGGUGCUGGGAGCAGCGGCAGUCUCCUGACCAGCGCCCGCUCCUGGGGUGUGAGGAUCCUGCAUGUGGACGAAAUGAUGAUGCACGUACAACAGCUCUCUCUUGAUGCCUUGCGUGUGAAGAAACAGGGGCCAAAGAAGAAGCCAGAGGAAACGUGUCCAGCAGAGUCAAGAACGCGGAAAGUGGCCAGGCUGAAGGCGCCAUUCCUCAAAAUCGAAGAUGAGAGCAGGAAGUUUCGUCCUUUCCAUCAUCAGUUUAAAUCCUUUCCUGAAAUUUCUUUUCUGGGACCCAAAGAUGCAAGCCCUUUUGAGGCCCCGAUGACCCUGGGCAGCUCACAUCAUACCAGAGAGCCCAAGGACCGAGAGCCAAGCCCGCGAUCGGCCACCCGCACCCUGCCCAGGAGGAGGAAGGGCUUCUGUGAGUGCUGCCAAGAGGCAUUUGAGGAGCUCCAUGCGCAUCUCCAGAGCACCCAGCACCAGGGCUUUGCCCUAGAAGCCCACCCGUAUGCAGAAGUCGAUCGGGUCAUUGCCCAGCUCAGCCACAGCUUUGCCGACACCCCCUUCCGGGCCAGCUCCCCCAGGCAGCCGGGCCCCCCGUGUUCAGAUCGUGACCUGCUGUGUUCUGAGACUCCACCCCCUGGCCAGCCCUGCCAUCCCAGGGCAGCACCUCCCAGGAUGAAAGAGGAAUAUGCGCACCGGGCCUUGGGCACCCCAGAGCAGGCUGGGACGGUGGGCAGCAGGAAGGCACCUGAUGAGCCUGUGGGGGCUGGCGAGAUGCUGGGACCAGUAGCAAGCUGCCAGGAGCCGGGAGGGUCAGCUGACAUCAUCGCAUACCUCCCAGAGACACCAGUGUCUAGGAGCCCUGCACACCAGUGCCGCCUGACAAGCUCUGGUUCUACAGAACUCUCUGGCCCGGAUGUGCCACUUGUUGGCCACAAGCGGAAGAUGCGGCUCACCAGUGGCAAUCCUGAAAAGAGGUCCGGGGUCUCCUGGCCACAGGCCUCAUUCUUGGUUACAAGAGCCACCAGCCCUUGCGGUGCCAGGACAGCCAGUGGUGGGCACCCUGUCUCCCUUCCCCCUCCAGACUGUGAGUACAGGCCUCCGGCCCCUCUCCUCCCCUGGUGCCACCCACAGACCUGCCUCCCCCUCCCCACGGAUGGGCCAGCAGAGUAUUGGGCCACACAGCCCCCUUGGCCAGGGGAGGACAGCCCCCCGCGAUCUGAGCGUUCUGAGUGUGCCGCCCCUGGCCCUGGCUGACCCGCUUCCCCGCUGCCCUGUGGCUCCAGGCCGGCUGUCAGCCCACCUGCACUCAGCAGCUGAUGUGCAGCCUGCAGGAGGGCCCGCAGAGGGCCAGUCUACCUCUGUCCCCUGCUCUCUGCCAGCCAGUGGGGGAGCCAGCUGCCCCCAGUGGUUCCGGGCCCCCCAGCCUCCCUGUCUCAGCCCGAGCCCAGAGCCGGCAGAGAACUGAUACCGUGAGUCCCCUGGGCACGCAGUAGCUCUCGACUUAGGGGCCAGAUACACACAUACAAGUGCUGCCUCUGCUGAGCGCUGUACAGCCAGCAGGGGCAGGCCAGCCACAUGGAGGACAGCACCUCGGGGCUUCCCCACCAGAGCCAGGGGAGCCCCUGGCCUGGCCUUUGAAGUCCAAGUGAACAACAUUUGUCACGGCCAAGCUCUGUGGGCUCGACAGAGCCAGUCCUCCCACUCCCCGGGUCUCCGGGUAGGACCAGGAGAGUGGGCUGGGGGCUGCCUUCCACCCCUUCCUCCAGGCAGCUCCCCGAGCAGCCAGCAGUCUACGGUGGGCUUGAUCAUCCCUGCCCACUGCCCGCACCAGGAGGCAGAGGCAAGGUUGGCGUAGGGAGGGACCACAAAGGAGCGGGAACAGCAGGCGCCCUGGCCUGGCUUCCUGUCCCUCUGAAGGCACUUGCCUCUCGCAGAGCUGAGUUUCGGUGUUCCCCACCCCCAUCCCAGCCUCCUUUCCCAGGAGCAUGUGGCUCUCCUGCUUUCUGAAAUGCCUGUUUGUCCCCUCCCCCAGCCCCCCACGCUCAUGCACACAGAUCCUCAGGAACAUACGAAGCAGAGGAGGGGCUGGGCUGCGGCACCUCCAGAGCUCCCUCGCCCCUGCAUUUGGUGGGAGCUCUGAACUCUGAACUGACCUUUCCCCUGAGCCCAGGAUAUGGUCAGACCCCCCCCCCCGGGGGCCCCUCUGCUCUUCCCUGGCUGCCCCCCUCCUCCAUUUCUGUUGUUCCAGGGUCGGUGGUUCACCUGCCAACUUGUGCAUCACCCUCUUCCCUCCCUCCUUCCCCAAGGACCUCUCCCCCGUUUCUUUCAGCCAAGCCAUUAAUCUGGAGACAGAGAUGGGUUUGCUAUUGAUUCUUUGGCCACUUUUUUUUUUUUUUAUUACAUUUUGUGCUGUGGUUCUUCUCACCCUUC